UCGGGCGCCGCUGACGUCACUGUCGGGCGCCGCUGACGUCACCGCCGGGCGCCGCUGACGUCACUGUCGCCAGGAGAUGCCCGGCGCGGUGACGGUCGCCGUGGCUGCCACUCUAGCGCUGGUUCAAAUCUGCACAUUCCUCAGCAACGCGUGCAUUACCACGGGCCUCAUCUGGUCCAAACAGUACCGGAGCGGAUCCACCAUUCUGAUCCUGCACCUGGCUCUGGUGGACGUCGGUCUGAGCGCCACCACGCUGCUGGCCACCGUCCCCAGCUACGUGCAGGAGAACUGGGUGCCCGGCGGGGCGCAGUGCGCCCUGGUUGGCGGCGUCACGCUGCUCCUGCACGCUGUAUCGCUGUGGACCAUUUGUGGCCUCAACUACGACAAGUUUUCGGCCAUCUGCGUGCCGCUCUCCUACAGCGAGGCCGUGACAAAGUGGAAGGUGUCGGCGGCGCUGGCCGCGUGCUGGGCGCUCUCAGCCGGCUGCGUACUGACGCCGCUGGCGGCCGGCCUCUCGUACCAGCAGCGAGCCGGGCUCUGCCUGCCACACUUCCGCCGGCUGCCCGACGCCGCCUUCGGCAUCAUCUACAUCUGCGGCAUGCUGCUGCUGCCCGCCGCGCUCAUCGUCUUCUUUAACGUGCGCAUCCUGCUGGUGGCGCGCACGCAGCGCAGCCGGAUCGUGUCGGCCAUCGUGUCGGCGGUGACGAUGAACGCGCGGCUGGCCGUCCCUCAGCAGCGGCUCGAGUGCGCGCAGCGCAGCCGCUCGCCACUGGGCACCACCGUGAACGUGCUGCUGCCGCUGCUGCUCAUGUACGUGCCGUUCGCCAGCCUGGUCACCUGGCAGAGCGUGGCAGGAGCGCUAGUGGACGAGCGCCUGGCGCUGGGCGCCCACCUGCUGCUCUGCCUCAGUCCGCUCAACGGCCUCAUCUACGGGUGUCGCAGCAAAAACCUGCGCCGCGUCUUCAAGAACUUUGUGCGGAAGCAGCUGUACAAGUCGGAGAUGCAGCUGGAGAUCCAGGCGCGCGCGCCGCGGGCGUGCCUGCAGCGGCCGUCGAUCGCCACCCAGCUGACCAUGCAGCUUCCCAAGCAUCUGCAGCGCCGGCUGUCGGACGCCUUCGUCCGGACGCCCAACCAGCGGCGCCGUCGGCGCCGGCGGCGGCGUCACACGCGACUGCGGCGCCAGGCCUCCGAGCUGACCUGGGCGCAGGUCAGCCAGCAGCUGGAGGGGCGGCCGGAGCCGCUGCGCGCCCACUCCACGGACGCCCUGCCGGCCGACUCGGACAGCUCGGCCGGAUCGCCGGUAUCGCAGCCCUCGCCGGCCAGGCUGGCCGUGGGCGCGGCGGCGAUCGCCGCCCGCGCGUUCCGGUUCCCGGCGGCGAUUGGCGGCGCGGUGCAGCGCGCGCCGCUGCCGAUCCCGCACGACCCGGCGGCGCCGCGGAGGUCGGAGGGCUCCGGCGGCUCGGACAGCAGCGGCCUGUGGCUGCGCCCACUGCAGCACUGCCGGCCGGCCGAGCAGGCGGCGCCGGCGCGCCGCUCGGUUCGGCUGUGGUCGCACCCGGGCGCCAGCCGCGGUGAGCGGUGGCGAGCAGCGGUGCCGCGCGCCCGCUCAGUGGAGCCGCAGACGGUGUGA